AUGGGCUUCGACGAACAAGCCGGGAUGGAAAGGGUGCCAUAUCUUCCAGACGAUUGGACUGGCCCGGGAAAUGCCGUCACGUGGGGAGGUCACUCGAUGCUGUACGCGGUUGAGAACAAGCACGUUGACGUUGCCAUUUGGCUGCACGAACGAUCUGCUCAUGGCCUUGCAACUGAUAACAACGACAAGGAGGAAGCUGGGCGCAUCAUUCAAGCGGCUUUGGCGACGGGUUUCAUUGAGCUAUCGGCAAAGAUAAUGGCUCGGUAUAACGAUAACUGGGAUGACUGGAUGCUCGAAUACAGCCUCGACUACCCACUACCCCGAUGUAUCGAAGUGAUGCUGGAGAAAAGGUAUUUCCAAGUGUUUGAACAGUCCGGACGUCGUGCAAUGCUGUCCUUAGCUCGCACAGGCCACCUAAAGCUUCUGCAACGAGUUCUGCAAGUGUAUGACCCCAUCCCGACCGAUGAUCAAAACUGGAAAUACAACUGGCUGAGUGCGCUGACGGAUGCCUGCAAGAAUGGCCACCUCCCCGUCAUUCAGUUUAUGAUGGAACAAGGCAAUGGAGCUCAGGCGACCGGAGUUAGGACUCGGACCCCUUCUCAGGGCAUCACCGACCUGAAAGACGAAGCGCUAAAAAUUAUGGCCCGUCUUGUAAAACUGCCGCUUGUGCAAUGGGUGGUUGAACACGUUAUAUCGACACCCAAGGGUUCAAUCCGCCCCAUAUUGCAUGCUGCCGCGAGUACUGGGCAAGUGGAGAUUCUGCGGUAUUUGCUUGAUCUGGAUCCGAGCAGAGCUCCGGGGUUCAAGUUUGAUCCGGUUUACCCUGGCGUAAUGGAGUCAGCGGCUUUCUUCGGUCAGUUGGACACCGAUCAGUGGCUAUUUGCCCAUGGAUUCAAGUGCUCGCGGAACACAAUGGAGCAUGCAGCGUGCGCACGUCACUUGGACAUUGUUAAGUGGAUUCAUGCACACGCGAAGGUUGAAUGCACGACUGAGAUAAUGGAUUCGACUGCCGGGAGCGGUCAACUCGACGUGGUGAAGUGGUUGUACAAGAACCAACCUAACGGCUGCAGUCCGAAGGGGUUCGACGACGCUGUCGAGUUUAGUCAUGCUCGAGUUGCCUUCCUGCUCCAUGGACAAUUUCCCAACCAUAUCCCCGUAGGGGGAAGGCUUCCUUCUAUUGCAGACAAUUUCGACAUGCUCCUCUUUUUGUACGAUCACUACCCCACAAUAUUUACAGCCAAGGCUGUUGCAAAGGCGAGAUAUCGUGCCGUGAACCUCUGUACCAAGACUUCAUCGAGCGAAAUUAGGAGCUGGCUUGGGAAAUUAGAAACCACCUUAUCCUUGGAGGUUGCCGAGCGUUCCCUCGAAAGCUUGCGUACGGACAACGGAAAAGAAUGA